AACUUUUCUAGGACAUUUAGUGACAACACUUGCCCUUAUCGAGUUACUCCGGAUCCCUUUGGCUCGUAUGGGACUGAGGCACUCAUCGCGGUGCCUGCUCCUGCGGAGAAAGAUGGCGGAGGCGGAGAGCUCGGAGCAGCAGCAGCAGCAGCAGCAGCAGCAACAUAUUUCCAGUGCUCCCUCAUCCCAGUCCUUACAACCAUCUCUACUACCAAAGCCAGUCACAUCCGUUCAUCAUGUUCCUCACCCUCCACACACGCCGCACGUCUCCGCGCUUUCUGCCUGUCCGGGCCGAGGCAAGAUGGCCAAGCUACUCAACCCGGAAGAGAUGACAUCACGGGAUUACUACUUUGACUCCUAUGCCCACUUUGGUAUUCAUGAGGAAAUGCUGAAGGAUGAGGUUAGGACACUGACCUAUAGGAACUCCAUGUACCACAAUAAACAUAUCUUUAAGGAUAAGAUAGUUCUAGAUGUGGGUAGCGGAACCGGAAUCCUCUCCAUGUUUGCUGCCAAGGCAGGAGCCAAGCAUGUAUAUGGGAUUGAAUGUUCCAGUAUAUCAGAGUAUUCAGUGAAAAUCAUCAAAUCAAAUCACCUGGACAAUGUUAUUACCAUCAUUAAAGGGAAAGUGGAGGAGACUGAAUUGCCGGUGGAUCAGGUGGACAUCAUCAUUUCAGAGUGGAUGGGCUACUGUCUUUUCUAUGAGUCUAUGCUCAAUACUGUCAUCUAUGCCAGAGACAAAUGGCUGAAACCUGGAGGUUUCAUGUUUCCAGACAGAGCGACCUUAUAUGUGGUUGCCAUUGAGGAUCGGCAAUACAAAGACUUCAAAAUCCACUGGUGGGAAAAUGUCUAUGGUUUUGAUAUGACCUGCAUUCGGAACGUUGCUAUGAUGGAGCCCCUGGUGGACAUAGUAGAUCCUAAACAAGUCGUGACCAACUCCUGCCUCAUUAAGGAGGUGGAUAUCUACACGGUGAAGCCUGAAGAUCUGAUGUUCACCUCGGCCUUCUGCUUGCAGAUCCAGAGGAAUGACUAUGUUCAUGCUCUCAUCACGUACUUCAACAUUGAGUUCACCAAGUGUCACAAGAAGACGGGCUUUUCUACAGCCCCUGAUGCUCCCAGCACUCACUGGAAGCAGACAGUGUUUUAUCUGGAGGAUUACUUAACGGUGCGGAGAGGAGAGGAAAUCCUGGGCAGCAUCACCGUGAAGCCCAACGAGAAUAACGAGCGUGACUUGGAUUUCACCUUUGAGCUGGAUUUCAAAGGACAGCUCUGUGACGCAGCCAUCUCCCACGACUACAAGAUGCGGUAAAACUCAAGCAGCAUCCUGAGUCAGGCCACCGUUUCCCAGGAAGAUUCGGUGGAGAGACAGAAUGUGUCUCUGCCUCUUUCUGAAUCAGAGAGACUACUGAACUGCAGGACCGCUCAGUGAUGUCAUCAGAGAGAGUCCAGCACUAAAAGCAAUAGUGUCAUCAUCUUGUAGUGUCAAGAUCUUGAAUGCACAAAGAGGAUAGACUGUGAAAA